AUCUCGCAGCAAUCCUUUCUUCAUGUAGGAGAGGGUGAGAUCACUUCACUCAAUGACUGUGAAGAAGAGCAGUCAUGCAGUGCUGGAACCGCUGGGUCCUGCUCGUCCUGUCUGUGGUCCUCUGCUUUCAAAUAUGGGCAGAAAGCUCUUCAGCAGACUCCAUUAAUAUGAGGAUUAGUAACACGUCAGAUAGUAUAACGGUGACAUGGGAAAAUCCAAACAAAAGCAAGAACAACCAGUGUUACAGAUUUGAUGUCCAGUACAGGCAUCUCUGUGAUUCAUCCUGGAAGAGUGUUAAUGACAUUAAAGGGUUUUCCUUUAAGCUGCCUGCUCCAGAUAUGAAGAAGAACUAUGUUUUCAGAAUAAGAGCAAGGCUGUAUUGUAUCAAUGGGAACUGGAGCAAAUGGAGUCCAGAGAAAUACUGGAGGAAUGACACAGGUCUCUGCAUUGCAGAAACAUCACCAGUUAGCAUCAGGGACUAUCUGUUAGUCACUGUACUGCCAGUGACAUGCUUGCUGCUUGUCUUUGCAAUAACUCAGGAGCGGGUAAGAAGACUUGUCCUUCCUAUAAUUCCAGAUCCAAAGCACACUCAGGAGAGAAUUUUAAACAUUGAACAGUUCCAGUGGUUCACCAGCUUUUCAGAGACCUGUGAAGAGUGCGAAAUAGUAGAAAUUGAGGUGGACUCUGAGAGGGAGGAUCAAAAGUCUGAAAUUACUGAAGAACAACCACUACAGAAACCUACAGAUGCUUCCCCAGAAAGCCAUGACAUAGGCCUUAUUGCAAAUAUCAGCAUGUACUCUCUUGAUUCACCUGAGGUUAACACGGUGCCACAGUGUUCUCACACCAUGCCAGGCUACAUUGUCAUUUAAAUAUUGACAUUAAAAAAACAUUUUAUUUUUUUAUUUAAUAUGUAUUUCAAGUGCAUAUAUACAAUUUAAUAAUGUCUUUUGACUUGUACUGUGUAAAUAUGAACAAAAAAGUAUGUACUCAUAGGAAUAAACAAAGACAUGUUUAAAAAACAUAAUGAACACGAAACAAGUCUUCAAACACUGUAUUCAAUAUACAUAUUGGAUGUUAGGGAACCAUCCUUGUGACUGGAAGGUCACCGGUUUGAUCCUCAGAGCUGACAGGACGUGACUGAAGUGCCCUUGAUCAAGAGCACUUAAUCCCCAACUGCUCCCAGUGUGGACAGGGCUGCCCACCACUCUGGGUAAGUGUGCUCAGUAUGCCCCCUAGUGUGUGUGUUCACUAGUGUGUAUGUGGUGUUUCACUGUACAGAUGAUUUAAAUGCAGAGGUGAAGUUCUAGACAUUAAUGCUGCACAAACAAAUUGCAAUACGGGAAGAUUUUAUGCAAUCAUGCUGAAGGUGAAGGAACUUCCUAAAGAUCUCAGGGACAACAUUAUUAAAUAACACUUGAAUGGAAAAAGCUACAGAGCCCUAGCAAACACCUCAAACAUGCCAGACAGAGCAAUUGGUUCGAUAAUAUGCAGGCCAAAAGCUCAUGGAACUAAAACUAAUCAUCUCCAGACAGGUGCACCAUGUAAGAUUUCACAAACCAGUAUCAGAUUAGGUAAGAAAGGUAAGAGAGAAGCCAGCAUUCACUUGAAAAGAGUUGCGGGACGACCUGAAAGCAGCAGGAACAGCAAUCACAGAGAAACACAGAGAACAAUAAGCAAUGAAAUGCACCGCUAGCAAUGAACUCUUCCUACACCCCCAUGCAACACACCUUUGCUAAAAAGGAAGCACAGAGAUGCAUAUCUAAAAUUUGCACGCAAGUAUUUAGACAUAUCAGAGCUUUCUUGGAACAAUGUACUCUGCUCAGACUAAACAAAAACAGAACUAUCUGACACUAUGUGAAUUCAGCUCGCCAUAUUCAGAGAAAUAAGAGUUGCGCUUAGAAAACCAUACCCAUAAAGGAAAUAUGAAUGAAGUGAUAUACCAGAAUAUAUUAGAAAAUAAUUUAUUUUGAUCAGCCAAGAAACAGAAUCUGGGGAGGAAAUGGACGUUUCAAGACAAUGACAACAAACAUACAGCCAGAAUAACUCAAGACUGGUUUCUCAAAAAAAGGCGAACGUGCUUGGAUGGCAUAGCUAAUCUCCUGAAUUGAAUCCCUUUGAAAU